GGGCUGGGCUGGGGCCGGUGUGCAGCGCCGUGCUCCUUCUAUGCUAGUCGCCCGGGCCGCGGCUGGCAUGGUGCGGCCGCCGUCGCGGUGCCAUGGCGACCUGGAAGCGGGACAGCCGGCUAACCGCGCUGCAGCGCUUCAGCUGCGCCGGAGCGGCCGGGGCCAUGAGCCUCAGCGUGACGGCGCCGCUGGAGGUGCUCACCGUCCUGGCCCAAGUGGGCGCUCGCCACUCCCGAGGACAGGGGCUCUGGCAGACGGGGCGCAGCCUCUGCCAGGCCGAAGGCGUCGGGGCCCUUUGGAAGGGCAACCUCACGGCCUGCUUGCGUCUCUUGCCCUACAGCGUCCUGCAACUCGCCUCCUACCGCAGGUUUGUCAUGCUGUUUGUGGAUGACUUGGGCCACAUCUCCCAGUGGAGCUCAAUCAUGGCAGGUAGCCUGGCUGGCAUGGUGGCAGCUGUUGCAACUUAUCCAACAGAGGUCAUAAAAACACGGCUCAUUGUGCAGGACCGAUUGAAGCCACCCUACAAGGGAAUCCUUCAUGCUCUGUACCUAAUUUACCAUCAGGAGGGAGUUGUUGCACUUUAUCGUGGAGUUUCUUUAUCUGUAUUAGGGGCUAUUCCAUUUUCUGCUGGCUCUCUUCUUGUUUACACCCAUCUGGAUAAAAUCUGGGGUGAGCCCAGCCUCCGCUUCACUCCAUUACAGAAUUUCAUCAAUGGUUGCUUGGCAGGUGGCGUUGCACAGACUCUUUCUUUCCCCUUUGAAACUGUCAAGAGGAAAAUGCAGGCCCAGAGUCCUUGCCUUCCUCACAAUGGAGGUGUAGACAUCCAUUUUGCUGGCUUGGUAGACUGUUUUAAGCAGACGGUGAAGACUAAGGGAAUUCUUGCCCUUUGGAAUGGACUCACUGCUAACUUGCUCAGGGUUGUUCCUUAUUUUGGGGUCAUGUUUAGCACCUUUGAAUUCUGCAAGCGGGUCUGUCUGUAUCAAAACGGCUACAUUGAUUCACCUUUAAGCUACAAGCUAACACCAGGAGUAGACCAGAGUUUACAACCCCGUGAGCUGCAAGAAUUAAAACUUCUUGGAAGAAAAAAUGUUUAAGUCCAGAGAAGCAUUCUCUUGGGACUUUGGAUGUUGCAAAAUGGAUAUUGUGGUUUAUGACCAGUCUUCAGUGGAGAGUAGAAAUGAAGACAAUAGCUUUAAACCUCUUGUUCAUAAAACCAGAUUUUCAUAACUGGUGACCCUCCUGCUUUGAGAUGCUGCUCAAAAAGCCAUAGAUUGUGGCCUCCGCAUACCCCUUUUUACAGUCUCAGCUAGAAAGCUAAUAUGGAAGGGUUAUGAACCCUGUAACAGGCCACCAUACAUAGAUGCCGGCCACCAUUGAGCUGAAUGAGAUAUAGAGUAUGCAGAUGAUUCUUUAAGCAGAUGGUGUGUCUGUUGUCAUACGAGGUCUACAAACAAUCUUAUCUGGGGGGGGAAAGGCCAGACUAAACACUUUUUCUGGAAAAGCUGGAACUGGAAAUCAAGUAUCCACUGCCUUGUCUUGAAAUAUAAAAAUUGUUAUUGAAAAAUAAAAGCACACACAAUGGAUAACAACAACAACAAAAAGCCUGAAAACGUGUUUGAAACUUGAUCUCAGAUCAGUGUCCAAAUUAAAAACGGAUUUUAAAGAGUGUUGAUUUUAAAGGCUGAAUAAGGGAUUGUUUGUUUGUUUGAUUGAAGUUGGGGGAAGACAGGCAGUGAACAUGGAAACUGGAAGAUUUGCAGGCAUAUUCUGGCCAUAGAUCUGAAGCAUAUGGUAGGCUACCCCCAGAAACAAGGAAGGGUACCUUAACAACGUCAGAACCAAUAGUCCCUCUAAGCUGUGGAGUCUUGUGAGCAACAAUUCUACUUUGUGAGCUACUGGUAUGAAAGUUGUGAACUGCUACAUAAAUUAAUUUGCUCUGGGACCAUUUUUCCUGAGCUAAGACAAAAAUAUGUGAGCCGGAGGUUAAAAAACUCUGAGCUAGCUCACACUAACUCAGCUUAGAGGGAACACUGAUCAGAACUCACUACACCUAGAAAACUAGCACAGGGAGAAGGCUGUCAGUAUCCUGCAUGAAAAGCUACCUUUCUACAGGUGGGGAACUUAUCAGGUAAAAUUAAUUAUGCAAUUUCAGCCAGGCUGUACCUUGUGAUAUUUUUGAAUGUACAAAUGGGCUCUUUCAGGAUAAUUUUGUGACAAAUUAUGCUGAAGCUUUUAAUGCAGUGAUGAAAGCAGAAGAUUUGAAGGUGCAGCAGCUUGGAUCUUAAGCAUAGGAGGACCAGCAGUAUGUGAGACUGUGCACUUUCAGUUAAAAUACCAAAAUGUAUAAAAUAAUUCCAUCUCCUUCUGGUUCACGGAAUAUUUGUGCACAUGUAUCCAUGAUUCAGUAUGGAGGAAAAAAUGUAACUCUGUAUUCAUCAGUCAUUCUAGUUGUGAAUAUGCAUAAUACUGUUGACAAUUGCACUUCUAGUCUGUGCAAUUUUUUUUGCAUUGCAUUUUGUCCAGGUGCAUUUGAUAUUAAAUGUAUCUUUUCCAGAUAACAAAUUAUGCAGUAAUUAAAAGUUACACCAUU